UUUCGCCGCGAACGAGAAGUUGUUCAGUCGACUAGUGGCUGUUGGCUCAUUUCAAUCAAAAUGAGGAUACUAACGGUGCUCGGAUGUUUCCUUCUUUUUGGCCAUGAUUCGGAAAGUACGCUGCAAAUUCAUAAUGCUCUCUCAGCAACUACUUUCAUGGAGGAAGUCGAUCUUGCGUUCAACUGCAAAACUUACACCACGUCGCCGAUGCUGAGGUUGAAGAGGUUCCUUUUCUGCGAGUACGAUCACACCGUUCGACCGACUCUCUCUCAUCAAAUCGCCAACAACGUCACCAUGCAAUUGCUGCCGAAAUUAUUGGAAUUCGAUGAUUGGAACGGCAGAAUGACGUUGCACAGUUGGAUGACACUCGUAUGGAACGACGCCCAUUUAACUUGGAAACCCAGCGACUACGACGGAGUCAAUUUCAUUCAUAUAAGAAGCGACGAGAUUUGGGUUCCUGAUCUCUCCGUUUAUAAUUCCGGCGAUAUGACGUUCGAUCAGACCGGCAUACCGCCGACAACGUGUUUGAUCUUCAGCACAGGAUCGGUUAGCUGCGUGCCAUCGGUGAAACACGUUGCUAAAUGCUCCACAGACUUUUCUUCGUGGCCCUAUGACACGCAUCGGUGUCGGAUUAUUUUUGGUUCGUGGUCACAUUCCGGGGAGGAAGUGAAUUUUCAUCUGGACAAGAAAGGGUUCCAAAUGGACGGAUUCACGAACAACACCGAAUGGGAUUUCAAAGUGGUGAACGUGUACAAAGUGCUAAAGAAGUACAAAUGCUGCCCGAACGAUACUUACCCGAUGAUCGUGUACGAGUUCACUAUAAGUCGACAUUAUGGUAUAAUGCACACUACGUACAUAACACCUGCAAUAGCAAUGAUGUUGCUCACGCUAAUUGUACUUUGGUUGGACUCGAGAUCGACUGAGAGAAUGGCCAUCGCCGGUGUGAACUUGAUCUGCCAUAUGAUAUGCAUAUUCGAUUUACACUGGCAAUUACCUCACAAUGGUAUCAAUCCUCCUAAUAUACUACUCUACUACCGAGAUUCGCUGGCUAUAGCCGUGUUCGCCUUGGUUCUCACCGCUGUCCUACGCAAGAUGCAAGAGAUGAGUAUCGAAGUGCCAUAUUGGAUCUCGACGACCACGUCGUUCAUCUUAAGUAACAGGGCUGGACGUUUUCUCAUUCUGACCGACGACGAUUCCAAAUCGUCCAGCAGGGGAAUAUUGGGCGGAGAGGGCGAGGAUAAUUCGGACUUGCCAAAGUCAGCGACCGAGCCGAGGGAAUCGUCGUGGAGACAUUUUGCGGCCAUCAUCGAAUGGCUCUCCUUCUUCGUCGUUAUUUUCACCUACGUCAUCAUUUUAAUCACUCUUGUACCAUCCACGUGAAAAGUCGUACCCCGUCUUAUCUUUCAUUCAGAUAUCAACUGUAGAUUCUCAUUUAUACAAUAAACGAUCAUUUAUGACCAUA